GUCGAUUACGUCAUUCAUGCGCCGUUAGGUCAGAGAUGUAAACAGUUGAACAUCCGCCUUGGCUACUCAAACAUACUGCAAUUGUUUAAUAAAUAGUAAUUUUGUUAGUUUUAAAUAUAUUAUGAUCAAAUAACGUUAAUAAUGGCGAACGAUAAAACGGCACAUUGGAAAGAUUUACUACGGAAGAGACUCGCCUCUGCGAAACAAGAUGGCAGGACGGAGGAGGAGAAGAAAGUAGAAGAAACUGAAUUGUUCACCAAGUAUUAUACUGAAUGGAAAGGAGGUGAAAAAGGAGAAGAUGAUUCAUUUAAACACAUCCCACGCUUUUACUACAGGCUUCCUGCAGAAGAUGAAGUCUUGCUGCAAAAACUCAGAGAAGAAUCGAGGGCAGUGUUUCUCCAGAGGAAAAGCCGGGAACUACUGGACAAUGAAGAGUUACAAAACCUUUGGUUUCUUCUCGAUAAGCAUCAAGUGCCGCCCACCACCGGUGACGAGGCCAUGAUCAGUUAUGAAAGUUUCCUAAAGGUUGGAGAAAAAGCGGGCGCCAAAUGCAAGCUUUUCUUCACCGCCAGAGUCUAUGCCAAACUGCUUCAUAAUGAUCCAUAUGGGAGGAUAUCAAUUAUGCAGUUCUUCAACUAUGUCAUGAGAAAAGUGUGGUUGCACCAAACCAGGAUUGGUUUGAGUCUUUAUGAUGUAGCAGGUCAGGGUUAUCUUCGUGAAUCUGAUUUGGAGAACUACAUUCUAGAGUUAAUUCCCACACUCCCCCAACUAGAUGGCCUGGAGAAAUCCUUCUACUCGUUUUAUGUUUGCACUGCCGUUCGCAAGUUCUUCUUCUUCCUUGAUCCUCUACAUACUGGGAAGAUAAAAAUUCAGGACAUUCUGGCUUGCAGUUUCCUGGAUGACCUACUUGAGCUUCGAGACGAGGAGCUGUCCAAAGAGAGUCAGGAGUCUAACUGGUUCUCUGCACCUUCUGCUCUUCGAGUUUAUGGUCAGUACCUCAACCUGGAUAAGGACCAUAAUGGGAUGCUCAGUAAGGAAGAGCUGUCUCGCUAUGGCACAGGAACUCUAACUAGCGUUUUCCUAGACCGCGUCUAUCAGGAAUGCUUAACCUACGAUGGUGAAAUGGACUACAAGACCUAUUUAGACUUUGUGUUGGCUCUAGAGAACAGAAAAGAGCCUGCGGCCCUCCAGUAUAUAUUUAAACUGCUGGACAUGGAAAACAAAGGUUAUCUCAAUGUAUUUGCCCUCAACUACUUCUUCAGGGCCAUUCAGGAGCAGAUGAAAAUCCAUGGACAGGAGCCAGUUUCCUUCCAGGAUGUUAAGGAUGAAAUAUUUGAUAUGGUGAAGCCUAAGGAUCCUUAUAAGAUCACACUACAGGACCUGGUGAACAGCGGUCAGGGUGAUACUGUCACUAGUAUCCUCAUUGACCUCAACGGCUUCUGGACUUACGAGAACAGAGAGGUGCUGGUGGCUAAUGACACUGACAGCAACACAGCUGAUUUAGAUGACACAUGACAUCUGUUGCCAAACCAAGUUGUGUUGUUGGACCAGUUGUGCUACUUCAGCCAAGAGAAAUACACAGAU